AUGGCCCUUGUAAAUGCCCAACCUCCCCUUAAUGACGCGAAUGUCAAAAACGAGGCUAAAGCAUGGGCGCAAAUGAAGCCUUCGCAAAUGAUCCUCGAAGAAAGAGUCCUCCUACUCACAGGCAAAGACCUAUGGAGGACCAACGCAAUUCCUCGCCUUGGUGUUUCCAGAAUCAAGACCUCAGAUGGACCUGUAGGCGUCCGCGGGGGCAUUUUCACAGACAGAGUCAGCGCUGCUUCAGCGCCUACCGGCGUUUUGAUCCACGAGGCUAAGAGCAAGGUAGUUGAUGUUCUGCUCGGACCAACGGGUAAUAAUCCUCCACCCGCUAAAUAUCACCCGAUGCUUAUCUUUAUGGUUUGUAUUCCCCGAACAACACUCGGCGGCCGCAACUUCGAAGCCUACAGCGAAGAUCCCUACCUCAUGGGCAAAAUCGCCGGUGAGUUCAUUAAUCAUCUUCAAGAUGCCGGUAUCGGCGCUUGA